GUUCGACUUCCUCGCUCUCCCGCUGCCCGCCGAUGACGGCGCUCGAGCAGCACCGCUGGGCGGAGCGGAUCGUCGACAGCUCGACCCUCGCCGCCUUCACCUUCCUCGUCUGGCAGACGCUCACCAGCCUGGACGAGGAGGUCGAGUGGAUCUGGAGCAAACCGCGGUGGUCGUGGACGAAAUGGAUUUUCUUAUCCGCACGGUACAUGGCUAUCCUCGUUCUUUUUAUCGAAGUCAUCGGCGACCGCGUCAGAGCAGCCUUACCUUCGUGUCCGGCAUGGUUCGCCUGGCAGGGAGUCGCACUGCAGUUUUCUUUAGGAGCCGUCGACCUGUUGCUCAUGAUUCGAGUGUAUGCCUUGUAUAACCGUUCGCUCUUGAUUGUGCGAGUCUUGACCUUUCUCUGGAUAUCCGCACAAGGGGCGAUGUCCUGGGCCCUUGCCACCAGCAUACCCGACUACGAGUAUACCCGCCGCUGCGUCAUCACCAAGACUCCACUCGCCAUCCUCUGGUUCGCCAUCGGCACUCUCAUCUUCCAGUCCGCCCUGUUCCUCCUCACGGCGUACAAGUUCGUCGUCGCCGCCCGCGCGGGAUGGGGUCGCACCGCGCUCAUGGCGCUCCUCAUGCGCGACGGCACCUGGGCCUACGCCCUCGUCUUCAUGGUGAUCACGCUCCACCACAUCCUCGUCGUCGUCCUCCGCGACAACGUCAAUUCCAUCGUCUACCCAUGGAUGAUCUCCAUCUCCUCCUUCUCCGGCUGCCGCAUCGUGCUCAACAUGCACACCCUCGACGACUCCUCCGCCGACUCCUCCGACCCGCUCUCCCGCUACCGCAUUCGCGCCCGCUCGCACCACCGCCCGCGCCGCGUCGCCACCCACACCAACCAACUCACCACGCUGGACGCCGCCGCCACCUCCGCCUACUUCACCACCAUGGGCCAAGGCAUCAUGCUGACCACCUUCACCCGGCCCGACUUCGCCUCCAUCGAGGAAGACGACCUCGACGAAGACUCCGACGGCCCGAGCUCCUCUCUCCCGCUCCCAAAGCCGAGCGGCACGACCCUCGUCAGCCGGCGCACUCCCUUCCCCCAGCGGACCGACGAUAGGGACGACGCGGGCAGCAUGGUGUUUAGCCCCCGCCACGACUCCUACGAAGACAUGCGCGAAGAGUACGACAUGUCGACGACGGCCGCCGGAUCUGCGUCUCAGCCCGGGAGCGUCCUCUCGCACGAUGGACCCCGGCCAUUCCCAUGAAAUCGCGGCGCGUGCGUUGGGCGGGCACGAAGACGCGUGAAAGCGGGAAACGAAAGCAAUACAUCGCAUACGCCCAAUGUCGAUAUUCCAGCGAAACGCUCGUCGCGCAGAUCUGUCGUCGUCGAGGCUCCGCGCCUCGUAAACUUCACGCGCACACCGAUCCUCCGAUCGCGCACUCAUCACACCCCCUGCUGUACGAACUUGCCGGAUUCGAGCGUCAUCGCGAGGGCCCUGCGUACGCCAAAGCGGUCGCACCCGGGACUGCCUCGCGAGCCGAAAAUCGGAUCCCAUACCCGCUGGUCUCACGAUCUUCCGGCAUCGCUUUGCCACCUCCUGCUUCUGUCCUGCGAUAUCGGCGCGACACGAGCUUACCAUCACGUAGCUCGGGCUCCCGUCUACUGCACUACAAGUUCGCGAACCGCCAGUUCGAUGCUUCGAUAUCGGUACCAUCAGAGCAACGCUCGGGAAUCACAUCUCUUUCAUCCGUCGGCUAGCCAAACCUUUCGCGCUCUCGUGUUGACCAGAUCACGUAUACGGUGAUCCUCUACAUGAACCGAGGUGGAACAGGUUCGAGCUAUUCGGGCGCUUAAAUGCCAGUAACUUGGUCCAUGCUGGAAGCAGCCGGGGGCGUUGCGGCGGCAUCCGGCGCAAUCUCUGUGGUUGGUGCCGUGGAGGUUAAAGCAAUGAUAUCUGGGAAAAUCAGCAUGGGCAUCAAAGCCCGCCUGCGGACUCGCGCAAUGCGCAGAGGGCUUGCGCUCGAACCCGACCUUAGCGGAAGCUUGCAGGGCCCUCGUGACGCAAGUCACGGGUCUUCCAGACCUGGCGAGCACAAGGACGAUGGCACUGCGAUGACAAAUCCCGGGGUCGAUCGAGACGCAUGGGAGUUCAGCUGAUGGUGUGAUCAACCCGUUCUGGGCUCCUCGGUGAUCUCCGCGUCGCGAACCUGCCUCGAGGUCGCAUCCGUGCCUAUUUCCGUCUGGCUCGUCUGCAUCUACGCUCUGAAUUGUCCCUGGUUUGUAAUAUAUCAU